CAGUUGCGCCACGCAGGCGAUGCAAGGCGGACGGAAGCCCAGGACCGUGCUCGGCGGCCGGCCGCGAUCGGCUCAGCAGCCUCCCCGACGACCUGAUCGGGCGCAUCCUCUCCCUGCUGCCGACCCCGCAAGCCGUGCUCACGUCCCAGCUGUCGCGGCGGUGGAGGCGGGCGUGGGCACACGUCACCGCCCUGACCUGUCCGUCCGGGACUGCGCGCGGCGCGGCAGGGGGGCCCGGUUCCGCGCCCUCGCCACGGGGGCCCUCCUCCGGUUCCCGACACCCGGCAUCCCCUCGGUCUCCGUCGAGAUCAACCGCAGCGCCUACAACGCCGACGAAUGGUACCGCCAGGCGAUGGAGCGCGCGGUCGGCUCCGUGCGCGUCGCGUCGCCGCGGGCGCUCAACGGCCUGGAGCUCCCUCCCUGCGCGCGGGCGGGGGCCCUGGCCGUGCGCUCGCCGCGCACCGUCCUGACGCUCCCGGAUCCGGCGGCGGACCUGCCGUCGUUCGGCAGGCUGGCCGAGCUGAGCCUCUCGCUGGUGCAGCUGGGCGGAGCGCGGCCCCUGGGCGAGUUCCUGGCGUCGUGCUGCCCGCGCCUGCGGACGCUGCGCCUGUGCUCCGUCAGGGGGCCGGCCCUGCGCCGGCUGGCCCUCCGCACGGACGCCCUCGAGGUGCUCGACGUCAGCAACGUCGACGACCUGACACUGACAAGCCUGGACGUGGCGGCCACCAACCUCCGGUGCCUAAGCGUGCGCUCCUGCUUCCGGUCCCCAACCGGCGGCGGAGGCGAGGUGGCACGUCUCAGCACCAAGGAUCGAGGCGGUCCGCUGGUACCGUAGCUACCCGGAGCAGCUCAUCUUCCGCUCCGACCUGGCAAGCGCCCGUCGCCUUGGUGGCCCCCUCAGGCUCCCGGCGCGACCAGUUGGACGCCGCUCACACCCUGCAGCUCCUGCACGCCUGCUCCCUCGCCCACCACCUCGACCUGGAGCUCGUGAUGCCGGACGAGAUGAGUCGUCUCCUCUACUGGCUAGGACCAGCAGAGCAGGGCGCGUGCGGGGACUUGAUCCGGCGCGUCCCGCAGCUGCCUAAUGUCAGCGCUCUCUCGCUGAGGAUCAGGUGGGGGUUCGGCGGCGGCAUCGCGCCGAGCCUGGCCUCCCUCCUCUCCAGAACGCCGGGCUUGACGAGGCUUCGCAUGGAUGCGAGCCCCUACUGCUUCGCUGUCUCUGUAUUGUACGUUCUUCCAUCGUUCCAUGCACUUCCUCCACCUUCGAUCUUACGCAUCGACGACGAUGGCGAUAUGCAUUGAGAAACCGCUCGUCAUGUGAUGCCAUUCCACCUGCAUCGAUCGAUCGCAGGAGGGCGACGUCCCGCCGCCGCGAGGAUGGCAGCGGUGGACGAGCGGCGUCCGCGCAGACGACCACGACGGCCUUCGAGAGGUCGCCGUGGUCGGGCUCAAGGGGGAAGACCCUGAAGAGUGCAGGGUCCUGGAGGUCCUGCUUGGGAGCGCGGCGCGAUCGCUGGAGAGGGUGUCUCUCACGUUCGGUGACGACGCCGUGGCGUCCAUUGUUGACGAGAUUGCUACCGAUAUCCCGGCGCGCUUCCCCGUGGCGGCGGCCGGGCGGUGGGAACGCUGCCCGCCGAGCGUGCUCACGUGGAUCAAGCGGCCGGGAAGAUGAUCGAGGAGUCCCAACCCAGACGUGCGAACAAGUGUAGAGGAGAAUGACGUAGUUUAGUUGCUAACCGGAGGCGUAAUUUUUAUUUUAACCAGGGACAAUCUAAUCAAACAGAAUUAUAUUGGA